GCCGCGCGGCCGUGUGACAGGCGGGGCGGCCGCUGCCCCCGCCGGGCGGGGAACCUGCACGGCGGCGCUCGGCAGCAUCAUCCGCGGCUGCGGGGCUGACACACGCCUCCAUCCUCCUCUCUCCCGGCAGCCGCUCACACGCGCCUCGCCGCGGGCGGAGCGGAGCGAGGGGCGCCGCGGCAGACAAAGCAAAGAUGGCAGGGAUCCUCGCCUGGUUCUGGAACGAGCGGUUCUGGCUGCCGCACAACGUCACCUGGGCGGACCUGCAGAGCACGGAGGAAGCCACUUUUCCACAGGCGGAGGACCUCUACCUCGCCUUCCCCCUGGCCUUCUGCAUCUUCAUGAUCCGGCUGCUCUUCGAAAGGUUCAUUGCUAAACCAUGUGCCUUAGGCCUUAAAGUCCAAGCCAAUGGACCACAGAAAGCUCAACCUAAUGCUAUCCUGGAAAAGGUUUUCACAGCUAUUACAAAGCAUCCAGAUGAGAAGAGGUUGGAAGGCCUCUCCAAGCAGCUGGACUGGGAUGUACGCAGCAUUCAACGUUGGUUUCGACAAAGACGCAACCAGGAAAAACCCAGCACCCUUAGGAAGUUCUGUGAGAGCAUGUGGAGAUUUACAUUUUACCUUUAUAUAUUUACCUAUGGAGUACGGUUCCUGAAAAAGACACCCUGGCUCUGGAAUACCAGGCAGUGCUGGAGCGGGUAUCCAUAUCAGCCACUGAUGCCUGACCUUCAUUACUACUACAUGGUUGAAUUGUCAUUCUACUGGUCCUUAAUGUUUUCUCAAUUUAUUGAUGUCAAAAGAAAGGAUUUUGGAAUCAUGUUUACACAUCACAUUGUAGCAGUCACCUUGAUUACCUUCUCAUAUGUAACCAAUUUGACACGAGUGGGAACCUUGAUCUUAUGUCUCCAUGACGUGGCUGAUAUUGUCCUAGAGGCUGCAAAAAUGGCAAACUAUUGCAAGUGUCAAAAACUGAGUGACCUUCUGUUCCUUACAUUUGCUGUUGUCUUCAUUGUCAGUAGGCUUGGCAUAUAUCCCUUAUGGAUAUUAAAUACGACGUUGUUUGAACUGUAUGAAGCUCUGGGAAAUUUUCCUGCCUUAUGGGUCCUCAAUGUACUGCUUAUAGUUCUUCAAAUUCUGCACUGUUUUUGGUCUUACUUAAUCAUAAAGGCAGCCUACAGAGCUAUUUCAAAGGGCAAGACUGGGAAGUGGAACCCCUUGCACGUAGCAAAGGAUGCCCGAAGUGAUGUUGAGUCAAGCUCAGAUGAGGAAGAAACAGUACCUCGCUCAAAGGUCCCGCACAGCACUGUCACCACGAACGGGACCAGUGGUGCCAAUGGGACAAACGGGUAUCUUACUGCUGCCACUUCCUCAGAGGAGCAUUAAUCCUGCAGUUCAAUCAUGAGACACGAACAGAAUGAACUGUUUGCUACUGGAAGUAAAUUAUAAGUUGUGAAUGCGGUUUAUUCAUGUAUUUCAGCAUCAGAAAAAAUUAGGAGUAUCAAAGCAUUCUGAUAGCGCACUGCCAUAUUUCUUGUUUGUGAAUGAAGACAGCACACCAUUCUGUAUAAGUAGGCAUGCUGUAUGUGUAUGUAACUGACACAAUGGGAGCAGUAUUUUCACUUGUACUGUCCGAAAUAUUAUUUAUUUUUUAUUCUUUUGGGAACUUCUGGACAAAAGGGAAUAUCCAUUCUCAAACUUCGUGUCUUGGAUUCUCAGUAAUGGAGAGCAUCAUGCUCAGAUCUCUUCUGUCCAUCCCUGUUGCUUUUGCUGAAUCUGCUAUAAGUAAUAGUUGCUUGGUUUGUUACUUACAGUAAGAUAGAACAUAGCUUUAUAGAUUUUAGAUCUGCUUCAGAUAUUUUUGCUAUCUUUGUGUUUUAAAAUACUGGUUUUGAAAUUGCUUAUCAAAUCACAGUUACUGUUCCUCCAAAAUAAUUUGGGAAAAAAAAAUGUGGCAAUUGUGGGAUAUUAUUUUAGCGUAAUUCAAAAUUCAAUUUGGUGGUUAAUUGCAUUAGAAGUAGACUUGAUUUUUUGUGCAAAUACCCAGAAGCAUUGUUGUCAGCACUUAGGAUAAAUUCAUUCUUACCUUUUUUUUGGCCUUUCAAUUUUUGACCUCUACAGAUUUUAGUUUUUUGCAAAGAUUCCAUGUAAAAAGGUGUUUCUUCAAAUGCACCAUUCUGAAUCCAGACUUAACUCCUGAAACUGUUCUUGCAUGUUCACCUGAUUGAGAGCAGAGGUAUAAUGGAAAAAACAGCAGAUGAAAAGUUCAUUUCUUCCUUGGACACAGGUCAGUCUAGGUAUUGUUCUCAAAAUUAUUGCCACUUCUUUGGCAGGGUGAAAAGAAAGAAGGCAGAAGGUCAUACAUUACUAGAAUUAGUUUAUUUUAAAUGUGUGAAAACUUGAGCAAAAUUCACUUCACGUGAUCUACAGUAAUCUUUGAAUGCUCAGCAGUAUUUCAUCACCUCUACAAAUAAAAUUAGGGGGCGUCUGUAAAAUAUUUUUGCAUUCCUUUUUCAUCCAAGAUUUACAAAUAGUGUCCCAAAGAAGACAAAGUAACACCCUAAGUAAACAUCUUUUUGAGCAUUAUAUGCGUACUUCUUCCAGUCUCUAGAUCAAAGUUUGAUGCUAAGGAUCAUACAGCUCUUGCAGGACACUCUUCUGUGAUUUGUAACAGCAGUGCCAAAAGUAGGCAGGGCUCUUGGGUAACAGACUCUAUGCAACCUAUUGUUCAACAGUAUUGUGUGGGCACACAGAACCAAUGUGCUUAUAGACCAAAGACUUACAUACAUGUACACAUACACAUAUAUAUAUGUGUGUGUAUGUAUAUAUACACAUAUACAUUCACACAUACAUAUAUAUAUAAGCUACAAAAAUAAAGGAAGGAAAAAACCAGGAAAAAAAAUCUUAAGCAUGUCUUCUAUAUACAAAGGGAUUGGAGUGCUGUGUUCAGCUGGAAACUUGAGACGAGGUAAUUUCUGAUUCCUUCCACCUAUGCAAAUAGUAAAAUAUAAAUGGUUUCUGACACCAUAAAACAUGUUUAAAGACAAUUUUAUACAGACUUCAUUGAAGAAAGUUGUGCUGUCACUUCUUUCUUUUGAAAACAGAUUUGUCCUAUUCUACUGAUCACUCUUGAAAACUUCUAAAACUUCUAUUAUCUAUAGAAACUCCUGUGUGUUAGGAAAAAAAGAGGUCUGUGUAUUAGGAAGGAAGUGUGCUAAAAGCAAGGUUGGAAUGGCAUCAGUGGAAACAGUACCUCAACUUAGUAAAUAAUAAAGGCAAGAAAACUCAUAAAUUGUAAAUCAGAAAAGAUCUGUCAGUUCUACUACCCACAGAACAUCUUUUGAAAAAGCCAGAUUACCCUGUAAUCCAGCAGCUGCAUAGUUUAUAUGUCCAUGAGUACAUCUGAGGGAGCAAGGGAGCCUUACUUAAAUCUUCUUCUCCCCAGAAAGUUUCUCUGCCUCUAAUUUUUUUCAUCUGUCUCCUGUGCAUUUGAUUUCUUAGUUAUCUGCAAGGCAGGUUAUGGAUAUCAAAAUAUGCUGAUUUCAAUAGAAAGUAUCUUAUCCAUGGUGUUUGCAGCUGUGUAGUAAUUACUGUAAAAAUGAUGCCAAGAUUUUAAAAUAAAAACAUCCUGGGAUAUAUUAAAUUAAGAUUAUAAUUUGUGAAAUCUGACCUGCUAAAAUGGUAAUGGACAAUAUCAGUUUAAAUACACCUCUUUCAUGGUAUUGAUUACUACCUCCACUGAACCAUUUCCCUUCUGCAAAAUGGUUAAAAAAAUGUCAUUCUGGCAAAGUAUUUUAUCUUACAUGAGAACAGAGUGUUGCUCUGAACUGUCAGCAUGCACAACAUAGACCACAUGCUGCAAUGGUGAUGAUACCAGGGCAUAGAGAAAUCCCCAACAACAAUCUCUGUGCCAGAGGCCUUUAGUUCCUGUUGGUCCUCUUCAGCAAUGCUCUGUAAUGUUCAUUCAGAUGUAGGGUCAAGGCUACAACCCUUGACAUGAUUUACCAUCGUUACAUAUGCUGUUAGGGUAUCAUAGAAUCAUAGAAUGUUAAGGGUUGGAAGGGACGUUGAAGAUCAUCUAGUCCCAACCCCCCUGCCAUGAGCAGGGACACUUCACACUAGACCAGGUUGCUCAAGAUCUUAUCUAACCUGGCCUUGAACACUGCCAGGGUUGGGGCAUCCACAGCUUCCCUGGACAAGUUGUUCAGUAUCUUACCACUCCUGAAGUAAAGAAUUUCUUUCUAAUAGCUAACCUAAACUUUACUCCUCUUUGUUCCAAUCCUCUUAUCAACUUCAUGGCCCUUUUCUGGAUGUGCUCCAACAGUUCCAUGUCCUUCUUAUGUUGGGGACACCAGACCUGGCUGCAGUACUCUGGGUGGAAUCUCUUGAGAGCAGAGGCACAGAAUCCCCUCCCCUGCCCUGCUGUCCACUCUCCUGUGGAUGCAGGCCAGGAUACAUUUGGCUUUCUGGGCUGCGAGUGCACACUGAUGGCUCAUGUUGAGUUUUUCAUCAACCAUCACCCCCAAGUUUCUCCACAGGGUUACUCUAAAUCACUUCUACAUCCAACCUGUAGGAGUGCCUGGGACUGGUACAACCCAGGAAUAGGACUUUGCACUUGGCUUGCUUGAACUUUAUGAGGUUUCCAUCAACCCUCCUCUCAAGCCUGUCAAGGUCCCUUGAUCCCUUACUGUUAAAAGGUGCAUCUGGGAUUUAAACUUCCUUUAAAGUUUAAGUUGCAUCUGUGAUAUGCUAAAGCAUGUAUGCAGUUAUCUUGGUUCAGCUAGCACCCAAUGACAUAGUUCUUCUUUAAAAUCUUGGCUUUAUGGAGUCUGUUCUUAGCAGUCUAGGAUAAACUUCAUACAGAUAUGUCUGGAAAGUAAGUUAGGUAAGAGAUUCAAAUGACAUGUUUGGGGAAAUAGGCUAAGAGGAAGCCUUAAGAACUUCAGCAACCUUUGCUAAACAAUGAUCUUUCAGGUUUAUCAUAAAAAUUAUCAAUUCAUACUUUUUUUCUGUCUCUAGCAGGAAGGACCAAGUGAUUUAAUGAUCAGACAUGGCAGUGUGCUUUAAUUCAUCAUUUUAACUAAUGGGUGCAAAAACUUUGGCUUCAUCUUCCACUCUGCAGAGAAAAUGCCAUGCAAUUGUUUCCUCUUUCAUUUGAACUUGUUUGUUUUUCUGAUGAAGAGCUUUGCAAGGUGCAUUUGGAGGUCAUCAAGUAUUUAGAGGUUAAUUACACAUAUUUAGAAUAUUCACUGAAAUUAUUCGCAUGGUUCAUGGUAAAUGUGAGACCUUAAAAGGUUCUGUAUAUUCACACUUUUUGUAGAAUUGUCAUUUAGUAAUUCUAGAAAUGAGAGUUUGUACUCUAUAACCUCUGUCUUUGAGUUCUAUGCUCCUUGUUUAUAGUACAGUACAUGACACAGUGGUUGAGAUGUCAAAGUAGAAAAAUGAGGAAAUUAGAGUUUAUUAGUAAAUAGUAAAAAUUUGUCUUCUCUCCUAGACAGCCCAGAUUAUGGUAAAAUAAGAUUCAGGUUUCUCUUUGUGUACCGUUUCCUAUAUUGGCAUAUUUUGUAUCAAAAGAAGAAUACAUGGUAGGUUGUUGGUUUUGUUUGGUUGUUUUUCAUAAAGAAAAACAGAGCAGAAAAUGGUAAAAAUACCUGAUCAAAAAACAAGGGUGGACAUUGGAGUGUUUUGGGUUUUGAUCAAUGUUAAGUAGUGCUAGUUUUAAAAUACCAAAGUGCCCCAUGCUGUUUCCUUGUUGCCCUUUUGUAGUUUUUUCUAUCUGUUAUUUAAUGAUUCCAGCAGAAUUGGUACAGGUGUCACAGCUUCUUAUCUCCUGACUCAGCCUGUGACCAUUCUGUGACCGUGUGAUUGCCAAUGCCAAAUGCUUUUUCUGAGACCCAAGUACAUGCACUAAAGCUUUGCUUAAAGUUAAGUGAUUCUUGUCUUAAAUCUGUACCUGAUUCAGGUGAAAAUCACUUUCUGGUUCUGAACAGGACAUGAGGGUGAAAGCCAUGACCCUGCAGCACAUGUCACUGAUGAUCAAUGCUGGUUGAUUGAGACACUCUGUGUUUUACAGAGUGCUCUAGUAGGAAGCCUAAUGCCCAUGUCAUUCAUUUUCUCAUUACCACAGCCUUCUGCAUCUCAGAGGAAUAUGGGCUACCAUUGGUUUUAUACAGCUGAUGCUUUGGUAUUUUUUUAAUCUCUUUGCUACAACUCAUUUUUGUAUGUCUCCUAUUGUCUACUUCCUGUGACAUUUGUGGGAGAGGAGUAUUAAAUACUUUUUACCCUUCCUGUAAUGUAGACUCUCUUAGGCCUAACUUCAAUGUUCUGCAAACUACAGUUGCCUUUAAAUCAUGAAGCAAAACCAGUUUGUAUUACUUGUUUUGACUGGUUUUGAUUUGGAACAGAGACCUAAUGGGAACUUCAGUAAGACAAUAUUAUUAUUUUUUCUCUUUUCUUUUAAAAAGCUCUAGUGGAGGUUUGGAAAGGUGGUGUACAUGUAUUGCCUUUAAAGAUUUCUGAUUGUAGUUGCAAUGAAAACACAGUGUUUGAGUGUGUCUCUACAGAAUUCUCAAUCUUUGAAAUUUCUUUCAAUUAAAAAACUGAGGAAAUACCAUGAAAGUGGUAUUCAUUUGGGAGUCAUGUCAGUGAUCACACAUGACAGACAAAAGGCAAGAAAUACUGUCUUACAUGAGUUUAAAUGGGUGCAACAAAACACAUUUUCUGGCUUCUGCUGAGCUUCAACUUUUUUCUGUUCUGGGGUUUAACUUUACACAAGCUCUCAUACCAUACUGUGCAUGUUGACUGCUGCAAGUCAGAGUGAGGCAGUUGACACAUUUUCACCUGUGUUUUCAUGACAAUCCUGUGCUUGGGCAACUCUUUCAGAAAUGUGGUGAUGUGUAGGAACUCCACUGUUCUGGAUACAGUGAUGCACUAGCUAGAAGUCCUUUCAAUGUUUAGCUAUUGUGUGGAACUUUGGGAGUUAUUUUGUCUUUUAUUUGACUGGGUUUGGGGUUUUUUCUAAUACAGAGAACAAUUAUUCCUCAUAAAAUCUCUGGAACAAACCAGUAUUGUGGGCUAUUUUAAUUUGGAGACACUUUCAUAAUAAACAUAAGUAUUAGAAAUGUAGUUUUUGUUUUCUUAUUUUUUCUAUGAGAAACAGACAAUGUUUUCCUUGGUCUGCACUACUCUU